AUGAAUGCUUCUACUUCCCCUAGUAUACCCGUGUCUAGAAGGGUUUUCCUCGUUGCUAAAGAUUUUGGGGCUCGGCCUGCUUACUUUUUUGCCCUUCUCUACCCAGAGAGGGUCUCGGGAAUUAUAACUUUGGGUGUGCCAUUUGUGCCCCCAAGUCCCUCUACUUACCACAAGUACCUACCUGAAGGUUUCUACAUCUCAAGGUGGAAGGAACCUGGACGAGCUGAAGCUGAUUUUGGCCGCUUUGAUGUUAAAACAAUUGUGCGGAACAUCUACAUUCUCUUCUCCAAAAGUGAAAUACCAAUAGCGGGAGAAAACCAAGAGAUCAUGGAUUUGGUGGAACCGUCUACUCCUCUACCCCCUUGGUUCACAGAGGAAGAUCUUGAAAACUAUGAAGCUUUGUACAAGAAAUCUGGAGUCCUCGCCGCCAUGCAAGUUCCUUACAGGUAAAUAGU